AUGACGCCGACUUGGAGCGACAUCUGUGUUUCUUGCACGGAGCUCCUUGUCAAUAUCCCCGUUCACAUCUUCCUCAUCACCUUUCUGGCGAGCUUUCUGGGUCUUGUACUACUGACGUACAUCUUCCUCUCCCUUGUCGCGCCCAUACCGCGGAAACCUCUACCGGAGGAAAAGAAAUACAGAACAAUAUCCAAGGAUGGCCUGAUUACGGAACCACAACAGUUGCCCUGUUGGCAGGAUGCGCUGGGACCCAAGAGACCCGAAUCUGACCAUGUCUCCAUGGAGAAGGCAGACCUAUUCAUGUCCGUCGUCGUACCGGCUUAUAAUGAAGAGGCACGUUUGGGGGGUAUGUUGGAGGAAGCGGUGGAUUACCUGGAACAUGCGUAUGGGACGCUGGCAGAAGAGAGGGGGAAGAAGCCUUCUUCUACUCGGAAGCGGAAGAAGGUCGAUGUCAAUGGCGAUAGUGACAAUAAUGAUAAUAAAGGCUGGGAGAUCAUAAUCGUGUCAGAUGGAUCUAAUGAUAGGACGGAGGAGGUGGCUUUCAGCUUUGCCCGGGAUCAUCAGCUAUCAUUACAUCCUAGGGGGUGUGUUGGUCCGUGGACGCCUGAAUCCCAUGAGGGUGUGCAUAUCCCCCCGGGCACAAUCCGUGUGGUAUCCCUGGCCAAGAACAGGGGGAAGGGCGGUGCGGUCACGCAUGGCAUGAGGCAUGUUCGGGGUCAGUAUGUUGUGUUUGCCGAUGCGGAUGGGGCUAGCAAGUUCGACGAUCUGGGGAAGCUUGUCGUGGCCUGCCGGGAUAUCGAGGAUUCUAAUGGAAGGGGAGUAGCUGUUGGCUCGCGGGCGCAUAUGGUGGGCAGUGAGGCCGUUGUGAAUAGAUCGAAAAUACGCAACUUCCUGAUGCAUUCGUUCCAUCUGAUCCUAUGGCUCAUGACGCCGCGUAAGACGGCGACUAUCAAAGAUACCCAAUGCGGGUUCAAGCUCUUUUCGCGAGCGUCUCUACCCUACAUCAUCCCCUACAUGCAUUCCGAAGGCUGGAUCUUCGACGUCGAGAUGCUCAUGCUUGCUGAGUUCGAGGGCAUCCCCGUGGCCGAGGUCCCUGUUACCUGGAGGGAAGUCAAGGGGAGCAAGCUGAAUGUGAUCCGGGACAGUAUCGGUAUGGCUUGGGGACUGGCGAUUCUUCGAGCGGCGUGGUCGUUUAGGGUUUAUAGGAGGACUUCUUGA